UAAUAAAUACAGUCAUAAUGAUGUUUUGGUCAACGAUGAACUACAUAAAUGGUACUAUGAGAUUAUAAUACAGUAUUUUUACUGCACCUUUUCAUGUUUAGAUGUGUUUAGAUACUUACCAUAUGUUACAGUUGCCUACAAUAUCAGUAAAGUAACAUGAAGUACAGGUUUGUAGCCUAGGAACAAUAGCCUAGUGCUAAAUCAUUGCUAUAUUGGUAUUCCCAUAUAAUCUAGGUUUGUGUAAGUACAAUGAUGCAAUCACCUAAUGGCACAUUUCUCAGAAUGUAUCCCCAUAGUUGAACAUGUGUGACUGUAAAUAUUGGAAUUUAUGCUGUCAUAUGGCAGAUUUAGUUUAAAAAUGUUUAAGCAUGAUAAUUGUAUUAUAGAAAAUUAAUAUAUUUUCAUGUACUGUUUUAUAGGAUGUAAUAAAUACUUUAUUGCCUAAAGUUUUAACUAGAAUAAUUGAGGGACUCCAGGACCUUGAUGAUGAUGUCAGAGCUGUUGCUGCAGCAUCAUUAGUGCCUGUAGUAGAAAGCCUUGUAUAUUUGCAGACACAAAAGGUACCCUUCAUUAUAAAUACAUUAUGGGAUGCUCUUCUGGAACUAGAUGAUCUAACAGCUUCAACAAAUAGUAUUAUGACUCUUCUUUCAUCCUUGUUAACUUAUCCUCAGGUCCAACAAUGCAGUAUUCAACAGUCACUCACAGUUUUAGUUCCACGUGUCUGGCCUUUUUUGCAUCACACUAUAUCAUCAGUUCGAAGAGCAGCAUUGGAAACUCUGUUUACGUUAUUAUCAACACAGGACCAGAACUCUUCAUCUUGGCUUAUACCUAUCCUGCCUGAUAUGCUCCGACACAUUUUUCAGUUCUGUGUUUUAGAAAGCAGCCAAGAAAUUCUGGACCUCAUUCACAAGGUUUGGAUGGAGCUGUUGAACAAGGCUUCUGUUCAGUAUGUGGUAGCAGCUGCUUGCCCAUGGAUGGGUGCUUGGCUUUGCUUAAUGAUGCAGCCUUCUCAUUUACCUAUUGAUUUAAACAUGUUGCUAGAAGUAAAAGCUAGAGCCAAGGAAAAAACAGGGGGUAAGGUGCGCCAAGGCCAAAGCCAGAAUAAAGAAGUACUUCAGGAAUAUAUUGCUGGUGCAGACACCGUCAUGGAAGACCCGGCCACCAGAGAUUUUGUGGUUAUGAGGGCCAGAAUGAUGGCAGCCAAGUUGUUAGGAGCACUAUGUUGCUGUAUUUGUGAUCCAGGUGUAAAUACAGUAACCCAAGAAAUUAAACCAGCUGAAUCCCUGGGCCAGUUACUGCUCUUCCAUUUGAACUCCAAAUCUGCCUUACAGAGGAUUAGUGUAGCUUUGGUAAUCUGUGAAUGGGCUGCCUUACAAAAGGAGUGUAAAGCUGUUACCCUAGCUGUGCAGCCACGUUUACUUGAUAUCCUUUCAGAACAUUUGUAUUAUGAUGAAAUUGCCGUUCCAUUCACACGAAUGCAGAAUGAAUGUAAACAGCUUAUAUCAUCAUUAGCUGAUGCACAUAUUGAAGUUGGUAAUAGAGUAAACAACAAUGUUUUAACAAUAGAUCAAGCUAAUGGCCUGGUCACCACUGUUUUUAAUGAAGUCACAUCAUCUUUUGACGUAAAUCCUCAAGUGUUACAGCAGUUAGAUAGUAAACGACAGCAGGUCCAAAUGACAGUUACAGAGACCAACCAGGAGUGGCAAGUGUUGCAGUUGAGAGUACAUACUUUUGCUGCAUGUGCAGUUGUGAGUUUGCAGCAGCUUCCGGAGAAAUUAAAUCCUAUCAUAAAACCAUUAAUGGAGACGAUUAAAAAAGAAGAGAAUACACUAGUGCAAAACUAUGCAGCUCAGUUUAUAGCUAAACUACUUCAGCAGUGCACAAGAAGGACACCCUGUCCCAAUUCAAAAAUUAUUAAAAACCUCUGUAGCUCACUUUGUGUGGACCCAUAUCUAACUCCUUGUGUCACAUGUCCAGUACCAACACAGAGUGGCCAGGAAAAUUCUAAAGGGUCCAACUCAGAAAAAGAUGGAAUGCACCAUACAGUGACCAAACAUAGAGGUAUAAUUACACUCUAUAGGCAUCAGAAAGCUGCUUUUGCUAUCACAAGUAGGCGAGGUCCUACCCCCAAAGCAGUAAAAGCUCAAAUAGCAGAUCUUCCUGCAGGAAGUAGUGGAAAUAUUCUUGUUGAACUUGAUGAGGCCCAGAAGCCUUACUUGGUACAACGGAGAGGAGCUGAAUUUGCCUUGACAACUAUAGUAAAGCAUUUUGGUGAUGAAAUGGCAGUGAAGUUACCACAUCUCUGGGAUGCUAUGGUUGGCCCAUUGAAGAAUACAAUUGACAUAAAUAAUUUUGAUGGAAAGUCCCUCCUGGACAAGGGAGAUGGCCCUGCUCAAGAAUUGGUGAAUUCUCUGCAAGUUUUUGAAACAGCAGCAGCUUCAAUGGAUUCCGAGCUUCAUCCCUUGUUGGUACAGCAUUUGCCUCAUCUUUAUAUGUGCCUCCAGUACCCCAGCACUGCAGUGAGGCACAUGGCUGCUCGUUGUGUAGGCAUCAUGAGCAAAAUAGCUACCAUGGAAACAAUGAAUAUUUUUUUGGAGAAGGUUCUUCCAUGGCUGGGAGCGAUUGAUGACAAUGUGAAACAAGAAGGAGCAAUUGAAGCACUUGCCUGUGUAAUGGAACAACUAGACGUUGGCACUGUUCCAUAUAUUGUCCUUUUAGUUGUUCCUGUUUUGGGAAGAAUGAGUGAUCAGACAGACAGUGUAAGAUUUAUGGCUACGCAGUGUUUUGCAACACUAAUUAGGCUUAUGCCUCUUGAGGCAGGCAUUCCAGAUCCCCCAAAUAUGUCAGAAGAAUUAAUCCAAUUGAAAGCGAAGGAGCGACACUUUUUGGAGCAAUUGUUAGAUGGGAAAAAGUUGGAAAAUUAUAAAAUUCCAGUACCAAUCAAUGCUGAACUCAGAAAAUAUCAGCAGGAUGGUGUGAACUGGUUAGCAUUUCUUAAUAAGUAUAAACUUCAUGGAAUUCUGUGUGAUGACAUGGGUUUAGGGAAAACUUUACAGUCCAUCUGCAUCCUAGCAGGAGAUCAUUGCCACAGGGCCCAGGAAUAUGCAAGAUCAAAAUUGGCAGAAUGUAUGCCACUUCCUUCUUUGGUGGUUUGUCCACCAACGUUAACAGGUCAUUGGGUGGAUGAAGUGGGUAAAUUUUGCUCCAGAGAAUAUCUCAAUCCAUUACACUAUACUGGGCCUCCUACUGAACGAAUAAGGUUACAGCACCAAGUAAAAAGGCACAAUCUGAUAGUGGCUUCAUAUGAUGUUGUGAGGAAUGACAUAGAUUUCUUUAGAAAUAUUAAAUUUAACUACUGUAUUCUUGAUGAAGGCCAUGUCAUCAAAAAUGGAAAAACAAAAUUGUCAAAAGCAGUAAAACAACUGACUGCUAAUUAUAGGAUUAUUCUUUCUGGAACACCAAUCCAGAACAACGUUUUGGAGCUGUGGUCAUUAUUUGAUUUCCUCAUGCCAGGAUUUUUGGGUACUGAACGCCAGUUUGCUGCUCGAUAUGGUAAACCUAUAUUAGCAAGUAGGGAUGCUCGAAGCUCCAGUCGAGAACAAGAAGCAGGUGUUCUUGCUAUGGAUGCCCUGCACCGCCAAGUCCUGCCAUUUCUUUUGAGAAGAAUGAAAGAAGAUGUUCUGCAGGAUCUCCCACCUAAAAUUAUUCAAGACUAUUAUUGUACUCUCAGUCCCCUUCAGGUUCAACUCUAUGAAGAUUUUGCUAAGUCUCGUGCCAAGUGUGAUGUUGAUGAAACAGUUUCUUCAGCUGCACUUUCUGAAGAAACUGAAAAACCAAAGCUUAAAGCUACAGGCCAUGUAUUCCAGGCAUUACAGUACUUACGUAAAUUGUGCAACCAUCCAGCAUUAGUCUUAACACCUCAACAUCCGGAGUUCAAGAGCACUACUGAAAAACUGGCAAUUCAGAAUUCUUCUCUUCAUGAUAUUCAGCAUGCCCCAAAACUCUCAGCUUUGAAACAGUUGCUGUUGGACUGUGGUUUGGGAAAUGGCAGCACUUCCGAGAGCGGCACAGAGUCUGUUGUGGCACAGCAUAGAAUACUGAUCUUCUGCCAGCUUAAAAGCAUGCUUGAUAUCGUAGAACAUGAUCUUCUCAAACCUCACCUGCCUUCUGUCACUUAUUUGAGAUUAGAUGGCAGCAUACCUCCUGGUCAGAGGCAUUCCAUUGUUUCUCGGUUUAACAAUGAUCCAUCCAUAGAUGUUCUCUUACUUACAACUCAUGUUGGUGGCCUAGGGCUUAACUUGACAGGCGCUGACACGGUGGUAUUUGUGGAGCACGACUGGAAUCCUAUGCGAGAUCUACAAGCCAUGGACAGGGCCCAUCGCAUUGGGCAGAAACGUGUGGUUAACGUGUACCGAUUGAUAACCAGAGGAACACUGGAAGAGAAAAUAAUGGGUUUGCAGAAAUUCAAAAUGAACAUAGCAAAUACUGUUAUUAGCCAAGAGAAUUCUAGUUUGCAGAGUAUGGGGACUGAUCAACUUCUUGAUCUGUUUACUCUUGAUAAGGAUGGCAAAGCAGAAAAAGCUGACACCUCUACUUCUGGAAAAGCAAGUAUGAAAUCAAUUCUUGAAAACCUGAGUGAUCUUUGGGAUCAAGAACAAUAUGAUUCAGAAUACAGCCUGGAAAAUUUUAUGCAUUCUCUCAAGUAACUAUCAAAUGUUGUAAAUGCAAUUGCUGCUAGUUCAGUUACAUUUCUGCUGAUAUUCAGCAAAUUUCUAAGUUUAUGGUGAACUUUUAACUCAAUGUGUAAAUAGAUCUGAAGAAUAUUCAGCAUAACGCUGGCUCUUGUUUCACUGGGGGGAACAAGUUAUUCUCAAAUAUUUGCACUGUAUUAAAUUUAAAUGUUAAUGUGAAAUGGUUUAAAUUUUACAUACUGAAAAGCUGCAGAGCAGAGGAACCAAACCAGGUUUACGUGUGCUACCAGGAGUUGUUCUUACUAGGAACAAGCCUCCUAUCUUUACAUAGUCACUUUGUACAGGAUGAUAUCCAUGAGUACUUUAGUGUUCAUGUACAUUUUUUCUUUUAAAUAGAACUCGUUUUUAUAAUUGAUGAAAAAUAGGGCUUUUUUUGUAUAAAAGCCUUAAUGAGCCAUAAUUUUAAGAAUAUAAGAAUAAUGACUAUGAUAUUGGUCAGUCUUGGAACAUGAAAAUGUUAGACAAUGAAUUUAGGUCUUUGGUGGAAACCUUUAUAUAUUUAAUGUAGCUGCAUAGUGUUUUUCAAAUCUUUAACAUCAUUUUUUCAACUUUUAAAAUAUAAUAUCAACUAUUCUAAAUACAGGUAAUGGUAUAUUUAAGGCUACCAUAACAUCCUAUUAAGAGGGUGGUUUUUUUUUAAUUUAUCUAAUGGCUAGGAUAUAGCCAGAUUCAAAGAACAUAUGUACUCAAUAGGUUUCAAUCAUAUAUAUAAUAUAUUUUUUGUAACUAUGAACAUAUACAGUUUUCCAGAAGUAGAUUUUACACUGUUUAGAAUUCCAAAACCUAUGUGAAAAGACUGUUUAUUGUAGUAAUGCAUGAUUGAAACAUAAAAGGGAGAAAGAUUACCUUUUUAUACACAGACAUACACAGAUACACAUAUCUAUAUGCACAAAUGUACCUAUCCUGCACCCAAAAAUGUGCUUGGUAUUGGCACUAAAAUCAUGUAGAUAUACUGGGCAGCAAUAAGAAUUGGGCAUGAAACUGAUUAGUGUUAGAAAAGUGAGCUCAAUGGUGAGGGUGGGUAUAUGUAGGUAGAUAUGCAUGUAUGUGUAUGUAUAUAUAAUUUUAUAAAUUUCACACAUAAAUUAAUACAUGCCUGUGUGCAUACAUAUGUAUGGAUAUAUUUGUAUAUAUGUGUACAGUAAUAAACAUCCCCAAGGUUUGUGGCUGGCCAUACACAUAGGCAUCAGUUUAAAAACCAUCAGACCUCAACUGUACAAUAACAUGUGUUUUGUUUAAAAUCAUUAAAAUUAUACUGUUCUGCAGCAUUUAGACAUGGACAUUUGUCACAUUUCAGUAGCUUUGACAACCAUACUGUAACAUUAAACCUAGCAUUCCACAAGAGAAUAAAUAUAAGAUUGAAACUGUAAAUAUA